GCUAGCUUGCUAGUUAGCUAGCCUAGUCAACAAUUAGAAAAGGAAAAGUCAGGCAAUCAACUAGAUAGCCAGCUAUAAACAUUAACUACUUCUGUUUUAUAUUAUCAGCUGUGAGAUGAUUUUACUGGUAACAACACUAUUAAUAUUCAAAAAAAAAGUUUUUAACAACCACCACAGGACGGGCAGUGUUUCCAGGAAAAUUCCAUCACACUUUAGGCAUCAAAGGAUGGAAAGGGGCUUGGUGAUUGCAUCCACUGUCAUCGAUUUAUGAUGGUUCUUGCACUAAAGGGAGUGACAGCUAAUGUUACAACAAUUGAUUUACGAAGAAAACCAGAAUUCUUUGUAAAAUCUUAUGCUGGUGUGAAACUGCCUUGUUUAGUUCAUAAUGGAAAAGCUAUUGAUGACAUUAUUGACAUAGAAGCACACAUUGAAAAAUACUUCCCAGAUCCACUGUUAAUGGUACUGGAUGAUCAUGGUGCUUUAAAAGCAGGUGAAAAAGUCUUCCAAAAGUUUUCUGGUUGGAUUCGAAAUCGUGAUCCAGCUGCGGAAGAAAGGUUAAGAAACCUUUUAGCAGAAGAGCUACACCGACUGGAUAGUUUCUUAGGUUCCAGUAAAAAAAUUCCAGGUCAAUAUUUGGCUGGUAAUGAGUUUACUAUGCCAGACUGUAUUUUAUUGCCAAAGUUGCAUCAAUUACGAGUAGCAUUAAGAUUUUUCAAAGACUAUGAAAUUCCACAAAAUUUGGUAAAUUUGCAAAGCUAUUUAAGAUCUGCUGAUCUUAAUGAAGUGUUUUCAAAGACAUGUUGUGAUGAUUCAGAAAUUCUAGAAGGUUGGAGCAAACAUGUUGGUGAUCCAAAGAAAGCACAGAUGAUUUUAAAAGCACAAAAACGUUGAUUUUUUGUAUAAUAAAUAGCUUUCUUUUAAGAACUCCUGUUGUAAAUUCAGGCAUUAAUUAACCUUUGAUUCAUGAGGAAUUUCUUUAUAUUUAGAUUUAUUUAGCACUUAUUGUAAAAGAAUUCAUACAUUCUUCAAAUUUUUUCAUCGAUCUAUAUUUCACUUAGUAGCAGUGUUUCCUUGCUAACGUGUCAAAGUUAUAUGUUUGCCAUUGAUAGUUUCCUUUUCAAUAAACUUUAAAAGUCAUGCAUAAUAAAUAUCUAGUAAUAUAUUUUUAGAUCCAAGUGUUGGUUAAAAACACUCUCCUUCGUGGGACUUAAAAUUACUAAUAAAGAUUGGCUUUUUAUUUCUUUUUUGUAAAAAAAAAAACACAAAGGUGAAACUCGUUCUCAUAAAUGUAUUUAUAAGCGAAUCAUUUAGAUGAAAUAUUAAUAUGUAUUUAUGGUGGUAAAAUUGAAUUGUAUAUAUACUGUUAAAGUAUAAAUAUUGAUGGAAUUAGAAUCCUAUGAUUUUUUUUGCAUCAUCAGGCAACAAGCCCUGAAGGGGGUUAGGGUGUAUUAAUUCUCACGUUCCAUCUAUCUAUCAAUCAAUAGGGUGGCAGCAUAAUUUGUAAACUCGUAGACAAAGUGUCAGUACUUUUUCUGAUAAUUCUACUUAAUUGCGUUUUUCAGAGAAUAUCCCAAAAAAUAAUUUGUCUUCGCAAAAACAAUCUACCUAAUGUACAUAUAACACAAUUUAAAAGCUUUUCUUUCUCUCUCUCUCUAUCUCUCUCUCUCUCUCGAAACUAACAUCGCCAAUUAUGACGUCACAGCAAAAGGUUCUUAAUAAAAAGACAAUCUUUGCGCAUUGAUUAAAAGAUCAAUAAACAAUUUUUCGAAAAAAGAAUAAAAACUUUAUACUAAUUGAAUAGCGGAGAAUCCAAAGAACAAAUAAAAAAAAAAAUCGAAAAUUUCGUGGGACCACUCCUUUCAAAGGACUUAUAUUUGAAACGCAGGUUGUGAAGUUACUGAUCAUUCAACAUGUCACACAUUAGUUUAUGGUUUUUAUUUCAAAAGGAUAUAUUUUGGAAGGCAAAUAUAAGUAUAGAAAAAAUUAAAGGGGGAAGGGAGCGGGGGCUACAUCACCCCUCCCCCUCCAGCGCAUAGGAUUAAGGGCGGUUACAACCUUUGUAAUUUAAGACGGCACUCGCAUUUGCCGAGAUAAUUA